CUCGAGACCGCCAAUAUACUGAAUACCACACUAGAGCAAGCACGCAAGAGAAAACAAGCAACUAUGUACAAAUACGCGCUAGUAUUAGCACUCCUCAGCCUCGCUGACUGUGAAGAGAGACCGCACAAGACCACCCAAUAUGUGGACCCCUUCUCGAUGAUCGACAGGCACUUCACUCACUCACUAGCAUACCACUAUUUAUGGCCUUGGAACCAACUCAUCCGGGCAGCCGCUGCAUUGGAUAUCGAGGAAUCUUUAGAGGAUCCGCAGAUCAUAUCAGAUUCGGAGAAAUACCAAGUCAAUCUGAACGUGAGGAAAUUCAAACCGGACGAACUAAAAAUUAAAGUGAAGAACCGGCACAUCAUCGUCGAAGGAAAACAUAAGGAGAAUGAAAAUGAGAAGAAAUUCAUGGCGAACCAUUUCGUGCAACGCUUCGUCCUACCACCUGGCACCAAACAGGAGGAAGUCAAAGCGGUGCUGAACGAGAAACGUGUGCUGUCUAUAACUGCGCCGAAGCACGAGCUACCGCCACCUCUUCCUGAGAGAGAAGUGCCCAUUGAGGUUAUAAUGCCAGAGGAAUCGGUUGUAGAGAAACUGGAGGAAGAUUUAAAAGAUACAGCAGCUUCAUUGAUACAGACCUCAUCGGUAACUCCAUUAGAACAAAUCGACAUGGAGGCGACGACUCACGUCGGGAAAAUAAGGAAGAAGGAACUGAAAACAACAACGAAAACGACGAAAGAUAACGAAGUCACGAAGGGCAUAGACGGCAAUGGAUUGGAUUACGCGCUAAUCGAAACCGACGAGUGAAUGACUAAGAAGGUGAUUGGGAAAAGACUGAAAUUGAGCUUUAAAGUGAGUGAAUGAGUCUCGUUGAACGAGCUCGCGCUGUGGUGUCUUGUGAAUUAAGUAUUAAAGUUAUUUGUUUUUUGAAAUAAAGAUGUUAUUUAUUAAGA